AUGCCAUCAAACCCCAUCCUCGGCUGGGAACGUCUCCAAGAUAAGUUUUACCGAAACAUCGAGGGUUACUACCUUCAAUGGCAGGGAAUUGCUAUUUCGGAGUACAUUGUCGCCAGUGCACCUCAUGGAGGUGCCAUUGCGUUGACGCGCGACGACUCUCAACUACGCGUUUACAAAGGUCCGGACUCACGACAAACUUCCAUCUCUAUUUACAGCGGUGCCGGCACACUGAUCAAGAAAAUUCUAUGGGAUAAUGGCCGAAUCCGUGGUUUAGGUUGGUCCCAGUACGAGCAACUCAUUGUGGUCUCAGAAAACGGCAGUGCUCGCUGCUACUAUGAUUUUGACGGCAACUUUUCCCAGUUCUCUUUGGGCAAAGCUGCUGAGCUCAACGGUGUUCUCGAAUGCAAGUUUUGGGAUUCUGGGUUUGUUGCUUUGCUUACAAACAAUCUUUUUGUUUCAGUCUCUCGAUACGACGAGCCUAACCCUCGGCUGCUUGCUUCUUCGUCGGUUCAAGAAAAAUCUAUCCAUUCUUGGGCUAUAGUCCCGCCGUUUUACCAGCUCGGACAACAUGUGGAAGUAAUUCUGAGUAUCGACAAUACUGUAAUAGUGGCAGAUACUACUGACGUUCACGACAAGUACCUUGAAGAGGGACCGUUUACCCACAUGGCCGUAUCUCCGAAUGGUGAAUUUAUAGCUCUUUUUACAGGUGCAGGCCAUCUCUGGGUCAUUUCUUCUGGUUUUCACAAAAAACUUUCUGACUAUAAUACCAAUGAAAAAACACCUCCUAAGCAGCUUGUUUGGUGCGGUAAUGAUUCUGUGGCAGUCGUCUACGAAGACGAAAUUCUGCUUGUGGGCCCCCAAGGCGGUACUCUAAAUCUUUACUUUGAUGGACCCGUGGUUGCAGUCCCAGAAAUUGACGGCAUUCGCACAAUCACAGACGAAAAACAUGACUUUUUUUCUUUGGUUCCUGAUGUAACAGUUAAUAUUUUCAAGAUUGGUUCUGUCUCGCCAGCAGCUAUUCUUCUUGACUCUGUCGACCAACUGGAACGCAACUCACCAAAAGCCGACGAAAACCUACAAAUCAUUGGAAAUCAGCUCACAGAUGCCGUAAACAGCUGUAUUGAAGCAGCCGGCUAUGAAUUUGAGCCAUACUGGCAAAAGGCUUUACUCAAAGCGGCCACUUUUGGCAAAUCUGCUCUAGAGCUAUAUGACAGCGAUAAGUACGUUGAGAUGACAGAGUUUCUCCGUGUAUUGAACACUGUCCGUCAAAUUAAUGUAGGACUUCUCAUGAGCCAUCAACAACUGCUGUGCUUAACCCCAAACCGUCUUAUUGACCGACUGCUGCUUCGCAAAAUGCACCUUUUAGCAUUUAAGUGCGCUGAGUACCUGCGGCUACCGCAAGACAAAAUUUAUAUUCACUGGGCUUGUUGCAAGGUGCGCUCAUCUAAAGAAGACGACGAGUCUGUAUGUCGCGAGAUUGUUAACCGUCUUGGAUCACAUGCCGGCAUUUCAUAUGAAGAAAUUGCUCAAACCGCCUACGAAGAGGGUCGCCAUAAACUGGCCAUCAUGCUGACGCACUACGAACCACGGCCAAGCAAGCAAGUACCGCUACUGCUAAAUAUGGGAGAGGAAGAGCUGGCUCUUGACAAAGCAAUCGAUAGUCUCAAUAUCAACCUAAUUGUGUUUGUGUUGCUGCAACUUCAGCAGAAAUUGCCAAUAGCUAGUUUUUUCCGUUUCAUUAAUGACAAACCAUUGGCAAGCCGCGUGUUCGAGUACAUUUGCAAAGCUCAGGACCCAAAGUUGCUACGAGACUUUUACUACCAGGAUGAUAGACGAUAUGACUGCGCAAUGCUUCUCUUCAAUCAAAGCUUUAAGGAACACGACACUGAUGAGCAGCUGGAGAAGCUCAAGGAAGCCGAAAAGACCUUUUUGGAGUUUAAGGAGCGGACCUUUGAGGCUAAGACGACUGUCGAAGAAAUGAAGCUUAUUAAGCUGCAACUUCAGCUGGAAAACGAUUAUGAUCAGCCGUUUGUUGGCAAAACUGUCACAGAAACAAUAUCCCAGUUAGUUUCCAUUUCACAAAACAGUCGUGCAAACAAGGUUAAGGACGAGUUCAAGGUCCCAGAAAAGCGAUUUUGGUGGAUCAAGGCCAAGGCCCUGGUGGCACGCCGUGAUUGGGAUGACUUGCUUAAGUUUGCAAAGUCAAAAAAAUCUCCCAUUGGUUAUGAGCCCUUCUUCAAUUUGGUCUUCAAGGCAGGUAAUAAGCGCCAUGCCGCACUUUACGUACCACUGUGCACUAACUUGUCUUACAAGGAACGCAUCAAGCUUUUCGUCCAAGUUGAUGCUAUUCGCCAGGCCGCCCAGGAGGCCGUCAAGGCUAAAGACCUGGAUGAGUUACAAAAUCUCGAACCGCUAGCCACAUCCACUGUCAAGAGCGAGAUUCAUGAGUACAUCGCACAGCUUAAAGCCAAAAAGUAA